AUGGCGUUCUCUCGGCUGACCGUCUUGGCGUUGUUUUCUUCGUUGCUGAUUGUAUUCCUUGGAUCGCAAAAUGGUUUGAGUGUUUCAGGUUCUUUGUUGUCAGCUGGCCCUGAUGAGGGAAUUUCGCCUGAAGUUUUGUCACCACCUGAAGCUGCGGAGCGUCCACGCCGCAGGGCCAACUGGCUUCAACGGGGGUUAAGAAAUAUUUCACGACCUAUUCGGCGUAUUGCUGAAAGAUUUCGACGCAUCCUUUCCAGUCGUUCCCGAGAGCAAAGCAAGCAGGACUUAAGGAGCAUGGAAGAUGCCGCCAACCGAUAUUUUGACUGUUUUAAUCUGAGUUCUCCCGAGACAAAGGCAGCGAGGGCCGUUACUGCAAUAUGCGGCGGGAUGAAAACAGAGGCUAUUCGGCGUAACUGUUCUUUGUUCGCCUUCGCCAUUGCUGCCGUACUGGCAAAAAUUGGAGAGUGCUUAUCACAGGCGGACCCAGCCAAUUCUGGCCAAAGAACAGCUGAAGAUAUCAACGAUGCGGAAGGUUGGCUGAACAGCCUUGAAUUCAUUACUGGUCCUCCCGAGGAAUUAACUUUUCCGGGUGGAAGCCCGUUAGGUAAGGCGUUCGCUAGGAUGAACUGGAGUCUGAUUGGUACUGUGGAUAAUCAGCACAUUCUCGCGGGCGCAAGCUUAAAGGAGAGCAUACGAGUGAGGCGAGGUGUAGGCGGGCGCUGGAAAAAUUUGUUACAAAAACUCAGGGGGCGCCCAUAUCCGGUGACAGAGACGAUGAAACCAAAUGCUGAGGCCACCCUCACUCAAGGCUUUGAACUCUUUGUCAGCAUGCCCCCCCACCCCGAUCCCCUUGCAGUCCGGUUGUUAACGAACAUGUUGGUUGAUGGGUUGUCGUGCCCGGCUGACGGCACUUUCGGGAGACCUGAAAGGGUUGUAGUGGGCGGUAAGACGAGGACAGUCAAACCGGCGCAAAUGAUAGAAGCUGCCAUCUAUAUUGCUGUUGAGAACCUCUUUGACGCCAGUGACUGCGCCGCCCCUGGGAGCACUGAUUCGCUAGGCCGCAUGACCUGCAGGCUUCUUGGCGCAUACGAUGAAUUCAUGCAAUCGGGGGGGCCAACAGAAACAAAGCCUAAGACGGAAGAGAGACUGCAGGGCAUAAGAAGUGCUGAAUAUGGGCCAGCCCCUGCCGCAGAAGAAGCUGAACCUAGAAAUGAAGAAGCGCCUGCUCCUGGAGUGGAGGCCGCUAAAUCCACCAAUGCUCAAUCCAGUGAGGUUCCCAGCAAUGAGCCAUCCGAACCUACCGAUACAGCAGACCUUUCCGGGGGUUCGGAGGAGGGCCCGCCAGACCUAUCUCUUGAACUUCCACAAGAACAGAAUUUGGAGAGACCAUUUGGGCGGCUGGACCGCAUACGCGUUUAUGCUCAGCAAGCGGCUGCUUCUGCUGUUGCCACCGCCCGAUUAAGCUUAAAGUUGGGAGCAGCAACCCUUCGCAUUGUCAGACUUUGUCUGCGGAGUGCGUUCUUAAUUCGUUAUGCAAGUCGAAUGGUGUUAUUUUUUAUGGGAAAAGAGUUGGUUACGAAACAAGGGUUAUUCCUUUUCCUUGGAAGAAAACGGGAAGGGGAGAGGUACUUGGGGAUGCAUGUGAAAGCACUCGUGGAGCUCAGCUCAGGAAAUGCGAACCUUGCCAACCUCUCAGCAGCAGCCGCCGGAAUAGCUGCAGAUGAGGAAACUCGCAUCAUCUCCAAGGAACAAGAAACUUCGGUCUCAUUUAUUCAAGGCUGGCUGGGACCUACGGCCGUAUAUCGCGCACUGCAAGCUGCGGGGAUGGAAGCUGAUCAACAGUCUGCUGUUGCAAUCGCUCUCAGCAUCAACGUGGCAGCGGAUGUCUUACUAGCUUGUCUGUUGGUGGCCAUAAGCACUGCUUUCUCACCACUAUUGGUUGUUCUGGCUGUCGUGCUAGCCGUCCUCCUUAUAAUCAGAUCUGCUGUUAUCUCUUACACUGUAGCCGUACCCGAAACAAUGAUGGAGAAGCUCGAGAGGAGGGGGAGAGGCGCCUUUGAGAAAGUAGCCAGGGUUGUGGGGUAA